CCAUAAGCGUAUAGUAGAAAGAAAAAUGACUUCUAUGAGCUCUUCAAUGCUGCCAUUUCUAAUUUGUCUUCUCUUUUCAUUGUCAUGUGUAACAUCAGCUCGUCCCCAUGAAGAUUUUCUUCAAUGCCUUUCCCUUCAUUCUGAGGACUCCACAGCCAUUUCUAAAGUUAUUUACACCCCAAAAAAUUCAUCAUAUUCUUCUAUCUUGCAUUUCGCUAUACGAAACCCCAGGUUCAAUUCUUCUGAACUGAAACCUUUUGUCAUUGUUACACCAACGGAUGCAUCGCACAUCCAGGCUGCCAUCCACUGUUCCCAAAAACACAAGUUAGAAAUUAGAAUUCGGAGUGGCGGUCAUGAUUUUGAGGGUCUAUCUUACAUGUCUACAGUCCCAUUUGUCAUUGUUGAUCUGAUCAAUCUUAGAUCAAUCACUGUUGAUGCAACCAAUAAAACUGCAUGGGUUCAGGCUGGCGCAACACUAGGGGAACUUUAUUAUAGAAUUGCUGAGAAAAGUAGAACUCUUGCUUUCCCUGCAGGUUCUUGCCCUACUAUUGGUGUUGGAGGACACUUUAGUGGGGGAGGAUAUGGCACGAUCUCUCGCAAAUACGGCCUUGCUUCAGAUAAUGUGAUUGAUGCUCAGUUAAUCGAUGCUAAAGGAAGGAUCCUUGAUAGAGAAUCAAUGGGAGAAGACUUAUUUUGGGCCAUUCGAGGCGGUGGAGGGCAAAGCUUUGGAGUGGUUAUCGCAUGGAGAAUCAAGUUGGUUGAAGUUCCACCAAAAGUGACCGUCUUUACUGCAGCAAGAAGCUUGGAACAAAAUGCAACCAAGCUCAUCCAUCGGUGGCAAUACGUUGCGAAUCAGCUUCCUGAAGACAUCAUCAUCGAUGUGCUUGUAAACAGAGUUAAUUCUAGUGAGGAAGGAAAGUCAACAAUACAAGCUGCAUUCUUUUCCUUGUUUCUUGGUGAGGUUGACCAGCUUCUUCUUUUGAUGCAAGAGAGCUUUCCUGAGCUUGGUUUGGCCAAAGAUGAGUGCACGGAAAUGAGCUGGAUUGAGUCUGUCAUCUACAUUAUUGGAUUUCCAAGCAACGCAUCCUUGAAUGUGUUACUUGAUAGGACUCCUCAACCACCCUCAUUACAAUUCAAAGCAAAAUCUGACUACGUCCAGGAACCUAUACCUGAAAUUGCAUUUGAAGGGAUAUGGAAAAGGUUCUUUGAGAAAGACAUCGAGGUGCCUGUAUUUUUCAUGAUCCCUUAUGGGGGGAAAAUGGAUGAGAUUUCGGAGUCCAGCACUCCAUUCCCUCAUAGAGCUGGCAAUCGAUACAUAUUUGUCCCCGUAGUGUCCUGGAGUGAAGAAACCAAGGAGGCAUCCCAGAGGCAUCUAGCUUGGAUCAGACGGCUGUACAGGUACAUGACUCCUUAUGUUUCAAAAAAUCCUCGAGCAGCAUAUGUCAAUUAUAGAGAUCUUGACCUAGGAGUGAACAACCUGGGAUACACGAGUUAUAAACAAGCAAGCAUUUGGGGUCGGAAGUAUUUCAAGAACAACUUCGACAGGUUGGUUCGCGUUAAGACUGAAGUUGAUCCUACCAAUUUCUUCAGAAAUGAACAAAGUAUCCCACCUCUCUCAUCUUGGUGAUCAAAAGGAGCUACUUCUCUUAUGUAUGAGAUUAAUGCUAAUAAUAAUACUUCUCUUAUGUAUGAGAGUUCAGCAUCGCCCAAUAAUAAUUUAGAUCAUGUGAAUUAGUUCAUAAAAUUUCCUUUUGUAAUGAUCUAAAGUGUGAGAUUUCACACAAAUUCAAUACGAUGUUGUCUUUUGUAUGUUAAAAA